UCGAGUGAGCCAAACAAACCGAUUGAACUUACUAAAAAACAUUCGACUAUAGCAAAAAGUCGCUCGGUUGUACUAGAUGCAAGGUCUUUAGGCUCAGUGGCAGGGUCCCUUGCUACAGCUGGGUCGUUAGCAACGGAUGAUAUGAUAAUGAAUACAUCUCGAGAGGCCAGGGAAGAAAGGAAACAGACAAUCAUGGGCUUCCAUCGUUACAUAUUCACACUGGCUUCACAUUAUCUCGGUAUCUCUAACGACGAGGUCGAGGAUUUUGUCUGUGAUUCAUACGACUUCAUCCAUUCUAUGGUUGAGUUUGUCACUUACAACGGCGAUUCUGUAUUAAUGCUGCAUCAUCAGAUGGCUAAAACUCUCAAUUAUUCUGAUUGCGGCAGAACAUAUGCUCCAAUUUCUAAGGCACCAGAAGCAAUGCGAGUCUUGUUAUCCACUGGUUAUGACCUGCCCAUUGAAGGAAAAUGUGUAUUUUUUAUCAAAAGAUUGCCAGUUAUUUUAGAUGACAAAAACAUUGUUGAGAGCAUUGUGUGUUGUAGCAUCAAUGUUAAAGAAAAAACCCUUCUGGGUGCAUUGGCCGAACAUGUGGCCAAAGUCUACCUCCCUGCGCUGCAAAGGUACAAACUUUUUACAGAGCUGAUGAGAAAAGUAAGUGAUAAAAAGUGCAACUAUAAUGAAAUGAUCAUCGGCAUAGAAAACUUUUCUCGGCAUUUAUUAUGGGGAGAAACUCAUGUCAAUGAGACAGUUGGACUAGGAGUGUUAAGUGAAAGAUCAAAAAUGAAUGUGGCUAAUUCUCUUCAUGAUGUUAACGACUGUAUUAAUGCAGCUCUAAAUAAAACAACUAUUAGUGUUUUGGAAGAACUUGCCAAUCUUUGGUGCCAGCAAGUUGAAAUUCUUUUAAUUGAUGGUGAAAGAAUUCAAAGAGAAGCUGAUGAUAUAGGACCUAAAAAGGAACUUGAAUUUUGGUUAAAACGAUCUGCCCACUUCAGUUAUCUGGUACAACAAAUAAAAUCUAAGCAGUGUCGCUUAGUGAUGCAUGUGCUAUACAUAUGUAAAUCCUCUGUUAUGGAGAAGUGGCGAGAACUGGACAUGAAGGUGACUGAUCAGGCUAACGAAGCCAGAGACAAUGCUAAAUAUCUAUACACUCUUGAGAAGUAUUGUGAACCACUCUACAGAUGUCAACCUAAACAGAUGAUGGACAACUUACCUGGUUUAAUAGGAACAAUCAGAUUAAUCUAUAACUUUUCAAGAUACUAUACCAGCCCAGAUAAAGUUUCAAGAAUCUUUGUUAAGAUUACUAAUCAGAUUGUAACAACUUGCAAGAAUUAUAUAUCAGAUAAUGGUUUUUCUAGACUUUGGGACAUGCCAAAAGAUGAACUUCGUACAAAAAUCAAGGAUAGCAUAAGAUUAUUUCAAGCAUACAUUCACAUGUAUGUGUCAACAAAAAAGAAAAUAGCCAAUGGAAACACUGAAAGACCAUUUAGCUUUUCUGAAUCAUAUAUCUUUGGGAAAAUCUACUCAUUUAGAGCUCGUUUGGACAUGAUUAUUUGCUUACUAGAUCACUUUUCAAUGUUUGGAUCUCUUGAAUCAACAAACAUUGAAGGCCUGGAAGUUCUUUUUAAUCGUUUCCAGUCCUUGUAUUUACAUUUGAAAAAGAAGGGUCAUGAUCUUCUCAACUACAAAAAUCCAUCAUUUGAAGAAGAUUUUGAAAAGUUUUUAGACAGCAUAGAGGAGCUUAAGGUAAAUCUGCAAAAGUUCAUGGUGAAUUCAUUGAAGAAUUUAAAGAGAAGCUUGGACAAACUAAAAAUGACAAGAAGGUCUGUUCUUUACCAUCUUUUUGGUUAUAAUAAACUACAGAUUCUUAACAAGAUGUAUGAGCGAGAAAAAGAUGAUCCAAAUAUACAGCGCAAUGUUCCCCCAAUAUCAGGGAAAAUCUUUUGGCUAAGGCAAAUUCUAAACAACAUCGCUAAACCAAUCUUUAUGUUACAGCACUACAGGCCUUCUGUAAUGAAGUCUAAACCUGGGAGGAAAAUCAUGUACCGCUAUAACAAAUUUGUGUACAUGCUAGUUAAAACUGAAGUUAUCCUGCACAUUGCUUGGUACAAAUCUUUGGACACGGCUGCUAACAAUUUGCAAGUUCCUCUUUUGAUCAGACGAUCACAUCGUAAAGAGUACAUCAUCAAUUUUGAUCCUUAUAUAUUUGAAAUAAUAAAAGAAGCCAAGUAUAUGAUGGUCCUCAUAGAACAUAAACAGUUGAUUGAAACAAUACCUGAUGCAUUCUUACCUCUAACACAACCUUCGUUAUUUAAGAUUGAAAGCCUGAUCUUUCCUGGUUCUACAACAAUUACCUGGACAUCUCUUGAGGUUCAUGAGUACUUUAGAAGUCUGAAUAAAGCAUUUAAUGAUUUCAGGCAUUUUCUUACAAUUGUAAAUGAUAUAAAAAGUACUCGAAUUGAUGAAAAGAUGCAACACAUAUCAGAAAAUAAUCUUUGUGUAUUCCCCACAACAACACCAUGGACUGUAGAAGAAUUUAUAUCUAAUAUCAAGAAAUAUACUCUUGACAUUGGAGAAGAAUUGAACCUAAAUAAUAACAUGAUUUGUGAUGUUGUGUAUGGGCUGUUGACAAUCUUUGUCAAUCACACAGCAGAUGAGUACAAAGAGCUGGAAAUUCUUUACAAUAGAGAACAAAAAAUUGCCUCGGUUGACGGCAACAAAAUCAUACCUUUGUACCAAUACCAGUCUGCAUUAGAAACUCUGAGCUCAAAUGUAGAGAUGGACAAUAGUCCCCCACCUGAAGAUUUGAUGACCAAAGAGAAUUACAUUACAUGUUGUAAAAAUAUGUUUGAAGACUUCAAACUGAAAAUAAUUGAUGCCUUAGUGCGCUCUGUCCGCAACUCUCUGCUGUCAUUAAGAAAAAGAUUUGCUUCUGGUAUGGGGCGAUCCAACAGCUUAUUUAUAGACGACGACAUCAGAGGCUCAGGGCUGCCAUUUUUUGUAGUUGAUGUUGAGUUGGUUGAUUCAAAAGUGAUUAUUAACCCAAAGACAGAAGCAAUGAUACAAGCUUUAAAUAAAGCAGUUGUAAUGAUUCAAGAUAUAACAAAAAAAGUUGAAGUGUGGGAGGAUGUCAGCCCUAGCUGCUUUGCCAAGCUGGAGACAAAAGUCCAUACUAAAUCCAGUGGAACUUUGGUCUUGAAGAAAAACUGUUACAAAAUUGUUAUGGAAAACAAAGAUGUUUUAAAAUACACCAAUCUUGGAGUCAUUGCUUCACCAUUAGCAGAUGAAGUGAAAAGAGCCUUAAAACAUUUUAAUCAAUUUGAGCAUAUUUGGUCUCAGGAUAAAAAAUCUGUUGUCGAGGAGUUUAUGAAAACUAAGCCAGGUUUGUAUGAAUUUAGAGAAGUUUUGAUCCACCUCCAAAGUGAAGAAGACAUGGUUAAAAAUAUUUCACCAGAAAUCAACCUUGGAAGCAUUGUUUUAAGAACAGAAAGUUUAAAACAAUCUUUAAUGGAUGAAAUUGAAGAUUGGAAAAAGAAUUAUGGCAUGGAGCUUAAUAAUAUGAUAAAGGAGCAGGCAGAAGAAAUAUCAGAGUUCAUUACUGCUAAAUCAAAGAUUCUUAAUAAACCAAUAAAGGACAUGGAUGACAUUCGAUCAGCAAUGGGGGGUCUAAAUUCAUUGAAAGAAAACUAUAUAUGGCUGGAUGAGCAAAUAUCCCCUAUUGAGGAAGCAUAUAAUAUGAUGGCGUCUUUUAGUACAGUAGUCCAACAAGAAGAAAUAGAGAGGGGUGAAUCAUUACGCUAUGCAUAUGUAAAACUUAUGGACAUGAGUACCCAAGUGACCAAUCAUUUACUAGAAGUUCAGCCUGUAUUCAAAGAGGAGUUAAGUUCUUCUGUUGAUUCACUGGCUGCAGAUAUUGCUGUAUUUUUAAAUGAUUAUUACAAGAAAGGUCCAAUGGAAAUUGGUAUUCCUCCAAUUGUUGCCAAUGACAGACUACAGAAUUUUCAGAUGUGGUUUGAUUUUCUCUAUCGUAAACACUUGACUUACUCAGAUGGAGAGGAACUGUUUGGACUACCUAAAACUGAACAGCCAGAAUUUGAGAAGGUUAAGAAGGAGCUGGCCCUGCUACAAAAACUGUAUAGUUUAUACACCAGUGUCAUGACAACCAUUGACAAGUACAUUGAGAUGAACUGGGCAGAAGUGGAUUGUGAGAAGAUUAAUGCUGAACUCACUGAAUUACAAAACAGAUGUCGCCGUCUACCAAAAGCUCUGAAAGACUGGCCAGCAUUUAAUGACCUGAAGAAAAAGAUUGAUGACUUCAAUGAAACUGUACCACUGCUAGAACUGAUGGCAAACAAGUCCAUGCAGGCAAGACACUGGAGACGAAUUGAAGAUAUAGCCAACUACAAGUUUGAAUUUGAUGUUGCCAUAGACCAGCCUAUGGAUAUAAUCAUGGAGAAUGUCCAUCUUAAAGACAUAAUGAAGGCCCCACUCUUGCCAGUCAAAGAUGAAGUAGAGGAUAUUUGCAUUAGUGCUGUAAAGGAAAAAGAUAUUGAGGCAAAACUCAAACAAGUGGUCAAUGAUUGGACUAACAGAACUUUGACCUUUAUGAAUUUUAAAAACCGUGGGGAAUUACUUCUUAAACCCUCUGAUACAGCAGAAACUAUUAGCUUGGUGGAGGAUUCCUUGAUGAUCCUUAGCUCACUCUUAAGCAACAGGUACAACACUCCCUACAAGAGCAAAAUCCAGGUUUGGGUUCAGUACCUGAGCAUGACAGCAGAUGUUCUAGAACAAUGGAUUGUGGUCCAAAAUACAUGGGUUUAUUUAGAGGCUGUGUUUGUUGGAGGAGAUAUAGCAAAACAACUGCCACAGGAAUCGAAAAGAUUUGCUGCCAUAGAUAAACAGUGGCUUAAAGUAAUGACACGAGCCCAUGAAAAUGACAAUGUGAUUGCUUGUUGUGGGAGUGAUGACACAAUGCACCAGAUCUUACCCCACCUUCAGGAGCAGUUGGAACUGUGUCAGAAGUCUCUUACAGGGUAUCUAGAGAAGAAAAGAUUGCUGUUCCCCAGAUUUUUUUUUGUAUCAGAUCCCGCUCUUCUGGAAAUAUUAGGUCAGGCUAGCGAUUGCCACACAAUUCAGGCACAUCUGCUAGGUUUGUUUGACAACAUCAAAUCUGUUGAGUUCCAUGAAAAAGUUUAUGAUCUCAUUCUGUCCUGUGUUUCUAGAGAGGGGGAAAAAAUUCAGCUGGAGAAAGCUGUCAAGUGUGAGGGUAAUGUGGAGCAGUGGCUGGACAUGCUGAUGAUAGAACAACAGAGGUCUCUACAUGCCAUUAUCAGGGAAGCUUAUCGUGCUAUCACUGCCCCAGAAUUUGAGCUCUACACUUUUCUUAACAGCUUUCCAGCGCAGGUUGGACUGUUGGGUAUUCAAUUCUUGUGGACUAAAGCAGCUGAAGAAGCUUUGAAAGGUGCUAAAUUUGACAAGAAGUUCAUGGUCAAUGCUAAUAUCUAUUUCUUGACCAUCUUGAACAUGCUGAUUGCUAAAACAACUGAAAAUCUUCUUCCAAUGGAGAGAAUAAAAUAUGAAACAUUAAUUACAAUACAUGUUCAUCAGCGAGACAUAUUUGAUGAUCUGACAAAACGCAAUGUGAAUUCUGUAGUGAGUUUUGAUUGGCUGAAACAAGCAAGGUUUUAUUUUAACGAAGAAACUGACCAAUGCCUUGUGCGCAUCACUGAUGUCCUGUUUAUCUACCAGAACGAGUACCUGGGGUGUACAGACAGAUUAGUCAUCACUCCCCUCACUGACAGGUGUUACAUCACCUUAGCCCAGGCCCUCUGGAUGUCAAUGGGCGGCGCCCCUGCAGGCCCUGCUGGAACUGGGAAAACAGAAACAACAAAGGACAUGGGUCGUUGUCUGGGGAAAUAUGUUGUUGUAUUCAACUGUUCUGAUCAAAUGGACUUUAGAGGGCUUGGCCGGAUUUAUAAAGGUCUUGCUCAGUCAGGAGCAUGGGGCUGCUUUGAUGAGUUUAACCGCAUUGAUUUGCCAGUUUUAUCCGUCGCCGCUCAACAAAUUUACAUUGUGCUCUCGGCAAAGAAAGAUAAAAAGAAAGAAUUUAUUUUUACAGAUGGUGAUCAUGUAUCCCUAAAUCCAGAAUUUGGGAUUUUUCUUACUAUGAACCCUGGCUAUGCAGGCAGACAAGAAUUGCCAGAAAAUUUGAAAGUUCAAUUUAGAACUGUUUCCAUGAUGGUACCUGACAGACAAAUUAUUAUGAGAGUGAAACUGGCUUCAUGUGGGUUUAUUGAAAAUAUUGUUCUAGCUCAAAAGUUUUAUACUCUGUACAAGCUUUGUGAAGAACAGCUGUCUAAACAGGUACAUUAUGACUUUGGAUUACGCAACAUUUUGUCAGUACUUCGAACACUGGGCGCUGAGAAACGGUCGAGACCAGAGGAUACAGAGAACACAAUUGUCAUGAGAGGUCUAAGGGACAUGAACUUGUCCAAACUGGUAGAUGAAGAUGAGCCUUUGUUCCUUAGCCUGAUAGGCGAUCUUUUCCCAGGGAUAAGCUUAGACAGUGCCUCUUAUGCUGAUCUCCAGACACAGUUGAACAACAAAAUUGUUGAAGCUGGACUUAUCAACUAUGAGGCCUGGAAUCUGAAGAUUGUACAGUUAUUUGAAACCCAGAGAGUGAGACAUGGCAUUAUGACACUGGGACCCAGUGGCACAGGAAAAUCCUGUUGCAUACAUGUCUUGAUGAAAGCCAUGUCAGAGAUGGGACAGCCACACAGAGAAAUGAGAAUGAACCCUAAGGCCAUCACAGCAUCUCAGAUGUUUGGUCGUCUGGACGCUGCCACCAAUGACUGGACUGAUGGCAUUUUUUCAACACUCUGGAGACGGACUCUUAAAAUAAAAAAAGGUUCCCACAUCUGGCUGAUUCUUGACGGCCCUGUUGAUGCUGUAUGGAUAGAAAACCUCAACUCUGUGUUGGACGAUAAUAAAACUUUGACCCUUGCCAAUGGGGAUCGCAUACCCAUGGCUCCCAACUGUAAAAUCAUCUUUGAGGUGCACAACAUUGACAAUGCCUCACCUGCAACAGUGUCAAGGAAUGGCAUGAUUUAUAUGUCAAGCUCUAUAUUGCCAUGGCAACCAAUUCUCCGGAGCUGGCUGCUGACCAGAUCAGUCAAUGAGAAAACAUGUCUGUUGCCACUGUUUGAGGCUAUCUAUGAUGACGUUGAACAUUUUUGUAUUUUAAACACAGAAUUUAAAAUGGUUCUUUUAUCUUGCAACAAAAUUAGACAGAUGUGUGAUUUAUUAGAAGGCUUGAUCCCAGUUUCUCUGGAGGAAAGGAAAAACUUGAGUCCAAAACACUUGGAGCAUUUGUUUAUCUUUGGGCUGAUGUGGAGUCAGGGGGCGCUAAUGGAGCUAGCUGAUCGUGCCAAGAUGCAGGAGUUUAUGCUCAAGCAUAAAUCUAAGCUCAGCUAUGCAAAAAUUACCGGAGAUGAAACAAUAUUUGAAUUUUUGGUUGGCACAGAUGGUCAGUGGGUACACUGGCGCCACCGUGUGGAGCAGUACAUCUACCCCCCAGACUCUGUUCCUCUCUUCACAUCAAUCCUUGUGCCCAAUGUUGACAACGUGAGGACAGAUUUUCUCAUUGAAAUUAUCAGCAAGCAGCAGAAGGGUGUGCUAUUGAUUGGGGAGCAGGGUACAGCCAAAACUGUCAUGAUCCAAGCUGUUAUGGCAAAAGCUAAUCCAGAAAAUAUGAUCGGGAAAAGUUUCAAUUUUUCUUCUGCUACAACACCAGGCAUGUUCCAGAGAACGAUUGAGAGCUUUGUGGAGAAAAGAGUAGGUACAACCUAUGGACCACCGGGUGGAAAGAAAAUGAUAGUUUUUGUAGAUGAUAUCAAUAUGCCUAUCAUUAAUGAAUGGGGAGAUCAGGUGACCAAUGAGAUAACACGUCAGAUGAUGGAGAUGAAAGGGAUGUACAGUUUAGACAAGCCUGGAGAUUUUCUUGACAUAAUUGAUAUAUCUUUCAUGGCUGCCAUGAUACACCCUGGUGGAGGUCGCAAUGACAUUCCUGAAAGACUGAAAAGACAAUUCUGCAUUUUUAAUUGUACUCUACCCUCUAAUAAUUCAAUAGAUAAAAUUUUUGGAAUUAUUGGUGAAGGAUAUUUUUGUGAAACCAGAUUUGAAUUAUGUGUCACAGAAUUGAUCCACAAACUUGUUCCUUGUACCAGAAUAUUGUGGCAAAAAACAAAGGUAAAAAUGUUGCCAACACCAGCAAAGUUUCACUACAUUUUUAACUUAAGAGAUCUGUCUCGCAUCUGGCAAGGAAUGUUGUACAUAGAGGGCGCUGAGUGCAACAGUGAGAGGGUCACAAUCAACCUGUGGAAACAUGAAGUUUGUCGUGUCAUUGAAGACAGAUUUGUGAAUGAGGCAGAUAAAGCUUGGUUUCAAAAGACAAUCACCACAGUGAUCGAAGAGGAACUGGGCCCUGAGAUGAGCCAGCUGCUCCUGCCCACACCUCACUUUGUUGAUUUCAUGAGAGAUGCUCUAGAGGUCUCAGUCCAUGAUGAGGGCUUGCAGGAAGCAGGCAAUGAGGAUGCUGGGAUCAUCAUUCCAAAAGUUUAUGAAAUGGUUGAAGACUACAGUGUACUCCAAAAACGCCUGCUGUCUUUUAUGAAAGAUUACAAUGAUCAAAUUCGAGGGUCAAACCUGGAAUUAGUGUUUUUUAAAGAUGCCAUGAUACAUCUUAUGAAAAUCUCUCGUAUUAUAAGAACUCCCAGAGGUGCUGCAUUACUGGUGGGUGUGGGUGGCUCAGGUAAACAAUCUCUAACCAAGCUGGCAACAUUUGUAGCAAACUACCACGUACAUCAGAUAGUCAUCACUAAAACCUACAACGUAAACAAUUUAAUGGAUGACUUAAAACAUUUGUACCGGGUGGCUGGUUGCCGUGGAGAGGGCAUCACCUUCUUGUUUACAGACAAUGAGAUCAAAGAUGAAAGUUAUUUAGAGUACAUCAACAAUAUACUCAGCUCUGGGGAGAUUUCUAACUUGUUUGCCAAAGAUGAGAUUGAUGAAAUCACUGGGGAGCUGGUGAUGGUCAUGAAGAAGGAGUUCCCCAAACGCCCUCCAACACAAGACCUCUUGUAUGAAUACUUCAUGUCACGAGCUCGCAAUAAUUUACAUAUUGUUCUGUGUUUUUCUCCUGUUGGGAGUAAAUUCCGUAUGCGUGCUAUGAAGUUUCCUGGACUUAUAUCUGGCUGUACUAUGGACUGGUUCAGUAAAUGGCCGCGGGAAGCGCUGGUUGCUGUGUCCUCUUAUUUCCUGGAAUACUUCAGCAUGGAAGCAAGUGUAGAAGCUAAAGCAAACCUCAUUGAAUUAAUGGGAUUCGUCCAUGACUCAGUGGCCAGCGUGUGUGUGGAGUACUUUCAAAGAUUUCGGCGGCAGGCGCAUGUAACACCUAAAUCCUACUUAUCAUUUUUGGAUGGUUAUAAAUCCCUGUAUAAACUAAAGGUUGAAACUCUCCAAGAACUUGAGAGGAAGAUGAAUGUGGGCUUAGAAAAACUUGUGGAAGCUUCUGAGUCUGUUGAUCUACUGAGUCAGGAGCUGGUGGUCAAAGAAAAGGAUCUUGAAGUGGCUAAUGUAGCUGCUGACAAGAUUGUAAUGGAGGUUACAGUAAUGGCAGAAGCAGCUGAGAAAGUGAAAGCCUCCGUGCAGAAAGUCAAGGACAGAGCCCAGCAUAUUGUGGAUGACAUUGCAGCAGACAAAGUCAUAGCUGAAACCAAGCUAGAAGCUGCCAAACCUGCCCUCCAAGCUGCUGAAGAUGCUCUCAAGACAAUCAAACCAGCAGAUAUUGCAACUGUAAAGAAACUGGGGAAGCCCCCUCACCUGAUCAUGAGGAUCAUGGAUGUUGUCUUGAUCUUGUUCAGAAAAAAAAUUGAUGUCUUGGAAUUGGACAGUGAACGGCCAUGUCCAAAACCUGCAUGGCAGGAUGGUCUCAAGUUAAUGGGUCAAAUGAGCUUCCUUCAACAACUGGUUGAUUUCCCUAAAGACAACAUCACAGGAGAGAUGGUAGAACUGAUGGAGCCGUACACACGUAUGGAGGAUUACAAUUAUGAGUCAGCUCUCAAGGCAUGUGGUAAUGUGGCUGGUCUGCUGUCUUGGACACUUGCUAUGGCUUUUUUCUAUGGUAUCAAUAGAGAGGUGUUACCACUCAAGGCUAACCUAAUCAAGCAAGAAGCUAGGCUUCAGUCUGCAUCUGUUGAACUGGCAGCAGCUCAAGCUACACUGGAUGAAAAACAAGCUGAGCUAAAUAUAGUUCAAGCAAAGUACAAUGGGGCAAUGGAAAAGAAAAAGGCAUUGCUAGAUGACGCUAUGGCAUGUCGUAGAAGAAUGGAUGCUGCUACAACUCUAAUUGGUGGACUUGCUGGCGAACAGACUCGAUGGUCAGCUCAGAGCACAGAAUUCAGAGAUCAGAUUAUCAACCUGACUGGAGAUGUGCUAGUCUUCACUGGCUUUUUAUCUUACUCUGGUCCGUUUAAUCAAUCUUUCCGUGCUAAGCUUAUUCAAAUAUGGUGCCUUGAAAUGACCAAUAAAAAAAUACCUUUCACAAAGAAUAUGAACAUAGUAGAAGCAUUAGUGGACACAACCACAAUUGGAGAAUGGAAUGUUGAAGGACUACCAAAUGAUGAAUUAUCCAUUCAAAAUGGCAUCAUCACAACAAUGGCUUCACGCUAUCCAUUACUUAUUGAUCCACAAAGUCAAGGAAAAUCAUGGAUAAAAAAUAGAGAAAAAAAGAGAAAUUUGCAGGUAACUUCCCUGAACCACAAGUAUUUCCGUCAACACCUAGAAGAUGCUCUCUCUCUAGGCAGGCCUCUGCUCAUUGAAGAUGUUGAAGAAGAACUUGACCCUUCACUGGACAAUAUUUUGGAAAAGAAUUUUAUUAAAUCAGGUUCUAUGUUCAAGGUGAAAAUAGGUGAUAAGGAAUGUGACAUCAUGAAUACAUUUUACCUGUACAUCACCACCAAGCUUGCCAACCCUUUGUACACACCUGAGAUCAGUGCUAGAACUUCAAUCAUUGACUUCACUGUCACCCAGAAGGGGCUUGAGGACCAGCUCUUGGGUCGGGUCCUUGUUACAGAGAAAUAUGAACUUGAAGUGGAGAGAACUAGGCUUACUAUUGAUGUGGUUAAUAACAAAAGAAGAAUCAAAGAUUUGGAGGAGAAUCUUUUGUUGCUGCUAACUAGUAUUGAGGGAUCUCUUGUUGAUGAUGUGAAUCUGAUCGAAGUUUUGCAAACAACCAAAAAAACUUCAGCAGAAGUCAAUGAAAAACUAGCCUUUGCAGCAGAGACAAGUGUGGAGAUCAACACGGCUAGAGAAGAGUUUAGGCCAGUGGCCAUACGAGGUAGCAUCCUAUAUUUCUUACUAUGUGAUAUGGUUAUGGUGAACCACAUGUAUUCCACAUCUCUCAACCAGUUUUUGGUUUUGUUUGAUGCUUCAAUGUCUAAAUCCAAACCUCAUGUAAACACUCAAAAAAGAAUUGCCAACAUCAUUGAAUAUUUAACAUAUGAAGUAUGGAGCUAUGUCGUUCGUUCUCUUUUCAAUCAAGACAGACAACUGUUCACUAUUUUGUUGGCUAUUAGAAUUGAUUUAGCAAAAGGAGCAAUCAAAAUGAAUGAAUUCCAAGUUUUUAUUAAAGGUGGCGCUGCUUUAGAUUUAAAUACUGUUACCCCAAAACCUGCUAGAUGGAUAUCAGACAUAACAUGGCUGAACUUGGUCAAACUGAGUGAAUUAUCAGACUUUAAAAACAUUCUUGAUCAGGUUAGCCAUAAUGAUAAACAAUGGAAACACUGGUUUGACAAGCCUGCACCUGAAGAGGAAGUAAUUCCGGAGAACUACAGCACAUUGUUAAAUCCUUUCCCCAGACUCCUGCUCAUCAGGUCCUUUUGUCCAGACCGUACAUCUGUAGAAGCCAGGGCGUACGUGUCCAACUCUCUGGGCAGCAAGUACACAGAGUCUCUGAUCCUGGACCUGGAGAAGAUGUUUGAAGAGAGCAGCCCACAGAUCCCUCUGGUUGCACUGCUCUCUAUGGGGUCAGAUCCAACCAAUGAAAUUGAGAUCCAAGCCAAGAGGUUAGAGAUAGCAUUCCAUGCAGUCUCAAUGGGUCAAGGUCAGGAAGUUCAUGCUAGAAAACUAAUAGCACGAUUUAUGGAGCAAGGUGGAUGGGCUCUGCUACAGAACUGCCACCUGUGUUUGAUGUACCUGGAAGAAGUUUUAACUACCGUGCUGGAGUCAGAGAGGGUUCACAACAAUUUCCGUUUGUGGAUCACAUCUGAAGUCCACAACUCUUUUUCUAUUGGAUUAUUACAAAUUGCCAUCAAGUUUACAAAUGACCCACCACAGGGCAUCAAGGCUGGACUAAAGAGGACGUACUCAUCUCUGACUCAGGAAUUUAUUGACAUUUUUAACUUGCCUCAGUGGAACCCCCUUCUGUACACUGUCUCAUUCCUACACACAGUAGUCCAGGAAAGACGUAAAUAUGGUCCACUUGGUUGGAAUAUACCUUACGAGUUUAAUUCUUCUGACUGGGGUGCAAGUGUUCAGUUUAUACAGAACCAUUUGGAUGACAUGGAUCUGAAGAGGGGCAUCUCCUGGCCAACUGUGCGCUACAUGAUUGGUGAAGUCCAGUAUGGUGGGAGAGUCACAGAUGAUUUUGACAAACGUUUGUUGAAUACAUUUGCAAAGGUUUGGUUUGGAGAGUUUAUGUUUAAUGAUAGUUUUCAAUUUUAUAAAAACUACAAAAUUGCAAGAACUCGUUCAUUGAUUGAAAUAAUGGAGUUCAUAGAAGCUCUGCCACCAGUGGAUUCACCCGAGGCUCUAGGACUUCAUCCUAAUGCUGAUAUCACGUACCAGACCAACACAGCUAAAAACAUUUUGGACACCAUUAUGAGCAUGCAACCAAAAGAUUCCAGUGGAGGAUCAGGAGAGUCAAGAGAAUCUGUUGUUUACAAUUUGGCUGAGGAAAUGUUGUCCAAAUUACCACCUGACUAUAUACCCUGGGAUGUCAAAGCACAGCUCAAGAAAAUGGGCAUCUUACAGCCACUGAAUAUAUUCCUACGCCAGGAGAUUGACAGGAUGCAGAGAGUGAUUACCCUUGUACGCAACACCUUGACUGACCUUAAGCUGGCUAUUGAUGGGACUAUUAUAAUGAGCGAGAAUUUGAGGGAUGCCCUGGACAAUUUGUUUGAUGCUCGCGUACCCAAACAGUGGAUCAGGUACUCUUGGCAGAGCUCUACCAUAGGCUUCUGGUACACUGAACUGCUAGAACGGAAUCAACAAUUUUCUACCUGGAUCUACCAAGGGAGGCCGGUCACUUUCUGGAUGACUGGUUUCUUUAACCCACAAGGAUUUUUGACUGCUAUGAGACAAGAAGUAACCAGAGCACACAAAGGUUGGGCUUUAGAUACAGUCACCUUACACAACGAUAUCACCAAAUACUUUAAAGAUGACAUCAAUGUGGCCCCUCCUGAAGGAGUGUAUGUAUAUGGUUUGUACUUGGAAGGUGCUCAGUGGGACAGAAGAAACAAUAAAUUGGCUGAAUCCAAUCCUAAAGUCCUAUUUGUUACUCUGCCAGUCAUUCAUAUGUAUGCUGUUAAUUCUACAGCACCAAAAGACCUGAAGCUGUACCAGUGUCCAGUCUACAAAAAACCCUGCAGGACGGACCUGACAUUUGUUACAGUUGUUUUAAUGAAGACCACUCACAGCCCAGAACAUUGGAUCUUGAGGGGCGUGGCUGCACUGUGUGAUAUAAAAUAGAGGGGCCUGGCUGCACUGUGUGAUAUCAAAUAGAGGGGCGUGGCUGCACUGUGUGAUAUCAAAUAGAGGGGCGUGGCUGCACUGUGUGAUAUCAAAUAGAGGGGCCUGGCUGCACUGUGUGAUAUCAAAUAGAGGGGCGUGGCUGCACUGUGUGAUAUCAAAUAGAGGGGCGUGGCUGCACUGUGUGAUAUCAAAUAGAGGGGCGUGGCUGCACUGUGUGAUAUCAAAGAGAGGGGUGUGGCUACACUGUGUGAUAUCAAAUAGAGGGGCGUGGCUGCACUGUGUGACAUCAAAUAGGGGGGUGUGGCUACACUGUGUGACAUCAAAUAGAGGGGUGUGGCUACUCUGUGAUAUCAAAUAGAGGGGUGUGGCUACACUGUGUGAUAUCAAAUAGAGGGGCGUGGCUACACUGUGUGAUAUCAAAUAAAGGGGCGUGGCUGUACUGUGUGAUAUCAAAUAGAGGGGUGUGGCUGUACUGUGUGAUAUCAAAUAGAGGGGUGUGGCUACACUGUGUAAUAUCAAAUAAAGGGGUGUGGCUGCACUGUGUGAUAUCAAAUAGAGGGGUGUGGCUACACUGUGUAAUAUCAAAUAAAGGGGUGUGGCUGCACUGUGUGAUAUCAAAUAGGGGGGGCGUGGUUGCAAUGUGUGAUAUCAAAUAGGGGGGCGUGGCUGCACUGUGUGAUAUUACAAGUAGAUUCUUCAUUACUUUAGCUUUUUGUUUUACUUUAAAUGUGAUACUUCUGAGUAAAUCUAAUUUGUAAAAAUUGAGUCUCCAUGUUUUGACAUUACAUGACAUGUAAAAUUAAACCUCAUAUGUAGUCAUCAGCUAGAAUUGUGGCUGAAGAACUAUUAGAUUGGAGAUUUUUAAAAAUAAUAGAUCUGUAUAUGAUAAUUUAAUUUAUAAAUAUUUUUCAUUGUAUACAAUAUUUGAUUUAAAUUAUAUUUUAUUGUAUACAAUAUUAAUAUCAAAUUCUGUUACAGGUUUAAAAUUUAUGUGUUUUAUUUUGUGAACAGAACAGU